AGUCACAGUUGCAACACCCAAGGGUUUGUUGGUUAGUUUCACUUUCCCGAACUUCCGCGGAGUUUGCCUGCUGCUCUCAUUUACCGAAGGUUGUUUUCAGCGUUUACAAUCUUGAAGCUUUGGAAAUUACACCAUGGAAUUCUCUAAAAAUAAAUGGGGCUUGCCUGUCAAUCCACAGAACCAGGCCAUGAAUGAAGCCUCACAGCUGCAAAUACUGAAACAGGAAAUAGAAAAGUGCAAGGGCCGUUAUAAUUUGAUGUCAAAGGACAAGGAUGACUUGUUUCAAGCAAAAUUUGAACUUGAAGACCUGACAGCAAAAUACAAUGCCCAGAUUCAAACGUACCAACAAAACUCUGAGGCUAACAAAUUUGGAACUACAAUUCAGGACCCGAACAUGCAGGAGAAAUUGAAUGAAGAGGAGAAAAAAAUUGAGAAUGUUAUCAAGCAGCAGAAUACAGUAAAGGAGAAGUUAACAAAACUCAGAGAGCAGAAAACAAUGUUGGAGAGGCAGGUCAAGGUUUCUUCAUGUAUGCCUGAGAAAAAAUGGGUUUUUGCUGGCCAAGAAACAGAAAAGAUUAAACAGGAAGUAAAAUUUGAUGUCAAGCCAAAGAUACAAUAUCCAAUCAAAGUGGGAUGUGCCCUGAUCACUUUUGAUGAUGUCAAAGUUGCUAGCAAGAUAUUGGAGAUGGGAUAUCACAAGAUUGAACUUGGAGAGUGUUCAAUUAAUAUAGAAGCUCACUCAGUGAAGCUGCCGACAGUGGAAGAAAUUGAAAUUCAGACCAAAGUUUGCAAAUACAGAGUGCUGAUUUCAGAUGUCCCAAAGUUUCUUCCAACUGACCAGUUGCUGGACAAGUUAGAACUCCAUUUCAGUAAAUUCAAAAACAAUGGAGGAGAAGUGGACAAUAUUGAGUUCUUGGAAGAUUCUGGAAAUGUGGUGAUCAAAUUUGUUGAUUGUGGAGUUGCUGAGAAUUUGACAAAUACAGAGUUUCAUCGGGUGACAUUUCGGGGAUGUGACAAAACAGCCAUUUUAAGGGUCUCACCAUUUAUUAACGGAGAAAUUGUGCACAUAAAGGUAAACGAAGUUAUUUCUAAAAAGAGUGUGCUGCUUACUGGAAUUCCAGAUAUACUGGAUGAAGAGCAGCUUAAAGACUUCUUGGAGAUUCAUUUUCAGAAACUGAGAAAUGGAGGCGGGGAGGUGGAUGCGAUCACAUAUGUCCCUCAGGGGAAAAGUGCAUUAGCUUGGUUUGAGACAGACUGAUCAUUAACAUAAUAUAUUCAUUAACAUAAUAUCUUAAGGUGUUAUGAAAGGAAUACAAGCGUGUUAAAUAUUACUUCAGAAUGGCUAACUUCUUCUCAUAUUUGAUUUUUAGAUAAUGUUAGUGUCCAUAUUACCCAACUGGACUAUAAUGUGUCUGUCAAAGGAGUGUGCUGGGAACCAGCCAUAGCAUGGGCCUAUCCCUCUCCCAGCCUGGCCAAUACUUAAAAAUACGUUAAAGAUGAAUGUACACGUCUAAUAUGUGCACCUGGUUAAGGUGUGUUUUCAAAAUGUUUCAAAAUUAAAUUCAUGCUGGUGGGUGGUUUGAUAUUAAACUGGGGAAAAGGACGUGCAGUUCUUCCCUCUAUCUGAAGAGCAUAAGACUCACAGUAGUUGUGAGGCAAAAUUAUUUUCUCCAGAACUAUUGCUAUAGGCACCAUAAAGCCAUUAGGAAUGUGUUCUGCCUUUCCCUGUGGGCUGUUGACAUAAUUAUGACCCAACUGUCUUGUAAUGUUGGGUACUUUUUACUCUCGGUGAACAAAACGAGAUGGCAGAGAGUCUAAAUUGGAACAAAUGCCCAUUGUGAUGCCCAGAAUAAGUAUAUAAGUAUCCCUCAGUGAUUUUGCUUUGAUACCCUCAUUGUUGGCUGCCUUUAUAUUUGUAGACCAUGUUGCAAUAAAAUAUAGGACUAGUCGUUAUGGUCCAAUUACGGGACUUGAGUCUCAGGUGGACCUAAUUCUGGUGAAUGCAGUAAAACUAACUGUAAACUCCAAAAUCUCUCUCAGCUAUGCAAUCCCCACUUCUUUGUUAUUUCUGAAGUUAAUCUCACCACCAUUCAUGGUUAAGGGUCUAAGCUCUGGAAUUUUUCCCCUCACUUCCUCUGCCUCUCCCCUUUUAGGACACUUCCAUCUGAAAAAGAUUCAUAGGUACCCAGCUCGAAGGGCUUGACUACCAUUGGGCUAUUAAUGUUAAUACUCCAGCUUAAUAUCUUAAGAUAUAAAUAGUUUGCAUUUUUGCAGAUAAAAUUUAUCUUUUGGUGACUUUAUGCUAUAUCCGUUUAUGUUGGUGAAGGCGUUACAGAGUUUUGUGCUCAGGACUGCUGUUGGAACUCAGAAGGUCAGGCAGCAUCUAUGGAGAGGAAUAGCAGUCAACAUUUCAGGCCGAGAUCCUUUCAUCAGAACUGGAAAGGACGGGGGCGAAACCAGAAUAAGAAGAAUGGGGUGGAGGGAAGGAGUAAAAUCUGGCAGGUGAUAGGUGAAACCAGGUGAGGGGGAAGGUGGGUGGGUGAGGGGGAGAAUGAAGUAAGAAGCUGGGAGCUGAUAGGUGGAAGAGGUAAAGGGCUGAAAAAGAAGGAAUCUGAUAGUAGAGGACAAAGAAAGGGGAAUGAGAAGGGGAACCAGAGGGAGGUGAUGGGCAGCUGAGCAGAAGAAAUUGGAAGAGAGGGUAACCAGAAUGGGGAAUGGAAAAAAAGAGAGUGGGGGGGAAGAGGAGAGGAGUAAUCCCCGGAAGUUAGAGGAAUCGAUGUUCAUUGCCAUUAGGUUGGAGGCUACCCAAAUGGAAUAUGAUAUGAAUUUCUAGAGUGCUCAAUAGUUCCAUUUAAUAUCAGAGGAUGUAUAUAGUAUACAACCUGAAAUUUUUACUCUCUGCAGACAUCCACAAAACAGAAAAAAAACCCAAAGAAUGAAUGACAAAAAAAAGUUAGAACUCCAAAGCCCCCCUCUGCCCCCUCACGUGCACAAACAGCAUCUACCCUCCCCCCUUCCCGCCCCCAUUUACCAAGCUAUAGCACAGCCCGCAAAGAGAGACCACGAUCUGCAGUACAACAAAAACUGUUGUUCACCCGAUGAUUUGACAGGUCACAGGCUCUCUCUUUCUCACUAACAAGAGACAGCUAUCACCACAGCGAGAGGGGAGAGCAACAAUUCAGUGGCUUAGCAACAUCUUAACUGUUGCCAGUGACCUAGAAAUGGUGGGUGUAACAUUCCCAUUCUGGGAAAAAUCAAUUUCAACUUCAUAAUGUCAAAAAUCACCACUUAAUGUUAUUGAAUUUCUAAGUACCUAUAUAAAUCUCUCUGAAAAAAGCUAAUGGUCAUCGAUCUUAAUAACUUCUCAUGUUACUCGAUGUCUGAUUGUCUUUGCAUUUAAACUCUUGUGAAGUGCCUUCAGACCUUCUUCUAUAGACCUCAUACAAAUAAAAGUUGUUUAUUUUGAA